AGUGGCUGUUGGCUUUACACUAAGAUGUCAGCAGCGGCUUCUCUGCAGUGAGCACUUUGAGGUUAUGCUGCCCGUAAACUCCUGCCUGAGUCUCAGUGAGAAAGAGAAAGGCUAAAGGCUGUGCGGAAACGAGUGUUGUUCAGCGGGUUCACAGUGUCCUGACGGCAGCCAUGACUGACCCUGUGACUUCAGACCAACUCACCAACGCUGUGGAUUCAGUCGUUCACAAUCCUGAGUCCUCAUCCUUACCUGUCCGAGUUUCACAGAGGGAGGAAGAGGAGGAAGAUGACCUGAACAAAUCAUUAGGGGUUCAGCGCUUCCAGCAGAUCCUCAGUCCCACUGCCAGAGUUCCCGGCGAUCAGCACCGAUCCUACAAUGAGAAAGACUUUGAGUAUCACCGUCAGUCCUCCCAUCACAUUCAUCACCCUCUAUCCAAACUCCCUGGAGACAACAGGAGGAAGAAGAGUGGGAGGAAGAGGAGACGGAGCAGCAGCAAACCCCACAAAGUGUGUUCAAGCCCCAGCGGUGCUCUGGCCAUCGAGGAAGGUGAAGAUGAGGAGGAAGAGGAGGAAGAAGAGUCUGCAGAAAACCAGAGUGUCACUCCAGCACCGACAACAGACAAUGACAGAAAAGACAACGUUCAGUUCUUCGUGUCAGAUGAUGACCCUCAUGUUUCCACCCCUGAGACGUCAGAUCCUGUUCCCACGCGAGGAAUAUUGAUCGUGCCGACGACUGCUGUGUGUUCAGAGCCUCAAGACAGCACAUCCACAGAAGCGUCUGAAGCGGCUCCUGCAUCCCCGAGCACUGCUGAACACGGCUCUAUUCCCCGUGUGUCGAGUCGCAGUUACGACCUGCAGGAAAGACGCCGAACAGGCAACAUGACAGGGACAGAACAGGCCAAAUACCAGCGCAUCCCCACUGAUGAAUAUGAGGCACGGACCCUCGCCUCCGCUGACCUGGAUGGGAUUAAAAGUCAUCGUUUUGAAGAUGUUCCUGGUGUACGUCGACAUCUGGUCAGGAAAAGCACGAAGGGUCAAAUGGUUCACAUUAGUAAAGAUCACAAAGAGCGCAGCACUCGCUCUCGCAAACUGGACCGGACACCGCAUGAGGUGUUCGUAGAGCUCAAUGAGUUGAUCAUGGAUAAGAACCAGGAGAUGCAGUGGAGGGAAACGGCACGCUGGAUUAAGUUUGAGGAGGAUGUGGAGGAGGAGACGGACCGCUGGGGGAAACCACACGUGGCCUCGCUGUCGUUUCGCAGCUUGCUGGAACUCAGGAAGACCAUCGCUCAUGGGGCUGUGCUUUUGGACCUGGAUCAGAAAACCUUACCCGGCAUCUCUCAUCAGGUGGUGGAGCAGAUGAUCAUCUCAGACCAGAUCAAAGCUGAGGACCGAGCAAACGUCCUCCGUGCGCUCCUGCUCAAACACAGUCACCCGAGCGAUGAGAAAGAGCACAUCACCUCCUUCCCCAGAAACAUCUCUGCCGCCAGCCUGGGCUCUCUGAUCAGCCACCACCAGAGCAGCUCCAACCAUCUGACCAUCCCUGAGACCUCCGUCAUGGAGCCGCUUAUGGGCUCCAGCAGGGCCAGUCAGGACAGCACCGUGCACAUUGACAUCGAUAAGAACGAGAAAGACUCGGCUACACCUAUAGGCAUGCACAGAUCCAAAUCAAAACAUGAACUUAAGCUUCUGGAGAAAAUCCCGGAAAAUGCUGAAGCCACUGUUGUACUUGUUGGCAGUGUUGACUUCCUGGAGCAGCCCACCAUGGCGUUUGUUCGCCUCCAGGAGGCCGUAGAGCUGGACUCGGUGCUGGAAGUGCCUGUUCCUGUGCGGUUCCUCUUUGUCCUGCUUGGUCCUCCCAGCACCAACAUGGACUACCACCAGAUCGGACGCUCCAUUUCCACACUCAUGUCGGACAAGCAAUUUCAUGAAGCUGCGUACCUGGCCGAUGACCGUCAGGAUCUGCUAAACGCCAUCAAUGGGUUCCUGGACUGCAGUAUUGUUCUACCUCCAUCAGAGCUGGGUGGAGAAGACCUCCUGCGCUCCGUUGCUCAUUUCCAGAGAGAGAUGCUCCGUAAGAGAGAGGAGCAGGGGGUGGCCCUGAUGGCCAAAGAACCCAAGAGCCUCCAGGAGAAAGAGGCCUUGCUGGCACCCUUUAAACCAGAGGAUGACCCUUUAAAACGCACUGGUCGUCUGUUUGGUGGGCUGAUUCGGGAUGCGCAGCGCCGUUACCCAAAAUACAUCAGUGACUUCAGGGAUGCGCUGAACCCCCAAUGCAUGGCUGCGGUCAUCUUCAUCUAUUUCGCUGCUCUUUCCCCUGCCAUCACAUUUGGAGGACUUUUGGGUGAGAAGACUGAAGGGCUGCUCGGUGUGUCGGAGCUGAUCGUGGCCACGUGUGUUCAGGGUGUGCUGUUCUGUCUGCUGGGGGCUCAGCCUCUGCUCAUUGUGGGCUUUUCUGGACCAAUACUGGUGUUUGAAGAAGCCUUCUUCUCUUUCUGUAAGGGCAAUAAUAUGGAGUACCUGACGGGGCGGGUCUGGAUUGGUUUUUGGCUCAUCAUCAUCGUGGUGUUGAUGGUGGCGUUUGAGGGAAGUUUCAUGGUCCGAUUCGUCUCCCGUUUCACCCAAGAGAUCUUCUCCUUCCUCAUCUCGCUCAUCUUCAUCUAUGAGACCUUCUCAAAGCUGGCUAAGAUUUUCCAGGAGCAUCCUCUGCAGCGCUGCUCUGCUGUGCUUGUGGACGUCAGAAACUCCUCGCUGAACUCCAGCAUGGAUGAAGUGACGGAAAGUCCAUUAGCAGUUACGAACAGCAGUUCACAGGAGAUGCUGAAGGUGGUGGGGGAACCAAACACUGCUCUGCUGUCAUUAGUGCUCAUGUCUGGCACCUUCCUCAUCGCUUUUUACCUGCGCAAGUUCAAGAACAGCGCCUUCUUCCCGGGCAGGUUAAGGAGAGUUAUUGGAGAUUUUGGAGUUCCUAUUGCCAUUCUCAUCAUGGUUCUGGUGGACUACAGUGUUAAAGACACAUACACACAGAAACUAAGUGUACCCCGAGGUUUUUCAGUAACUAGUCCUGAUAAGCGAGGCUGGAUAGUCAAUCCUCUGGGCUCGGACGGUCAGUUUCCCAUCUGGAUGAUGUUUGCCAGCAUUCUUCCAGCUCUGCUCGUCUUCAUUCUUAUCUUUAUGGAGACACAAAUCACCACGUUGAUAGUCAGCAAGAAAGAGCGCAUGCUGGUCAAGGGUUCUGGUUUCCAUCUGGAUCUGUUGCUCAUCGUGACUCUGGGUGGCACCAGUGCGCUGUUCGGUCUGCCUUGGAUGGCUGCAGCCACUGUACGCUCCGUCACCCAUGCAAACGCCCUCACCGUGAUGAGUAAAGCAGUCGCUCCAGGAGACAAACCUCGAAUCCAGGAGGUCAAGGAGCAGAGGGUGACUGGGUUACUGGUAGCCAUACUUGUUGGUCUGUCAAUAGUUAUCGGUGAUCUGCUCCGGCAAAUCCCCAUCGCUGUGCUGUUCGGCAUCUUCCUCUACAUGGGUGUGAUGUCACUGAACGGGAUCCAGAUGACUGAACGGAUCCUGCUUCUGCUGAUGCCUCCAAAAUACCACCCUGACCACACAUACGUGCGCAAGGUGCGGACGCUGCGGAUGCAUCUGUUCACAGCUAUUCAGGUGGUUUGUCUGGCUGUUCUCUGGGCUGUCAUGUCCACGGUGGCGUCGCUGGCUUUCCCCUUUGUUCUCAUCAUGACUGUCCCCGUCAAGAUGUUUCUUCUACCACGCAUCUUUAGCAAUCGUGAAAUGCAGUGUUUGGACGCUGAUGACGCAGAGCCCACUUUUGACGAGAAGGAAGGACAGGAUGAAUACACAGAGAUGCACAUGCCAGUCUGAGGCCGCACAUCUUCCUAUCAAUCACACUAUUGGCCAACAGGAUGG